UAACCGGGGGGUUAACGUCAGCUCCUCCGGUAACAGCCCGGACUGCGGCUGCAGUCAAACAACCUCCAACUGACAACAGCUUUCAGGGAAACAUGGCGACCCGAGUCCUUCAAAGAGUCGGCAAAGGCCUUAAACGGACGACUACUGGACUCCAGACGAACGGCCCGGUCACCGUCACGUUAAGGAGCCUCUCAGCAUUCAGGGAAGACAGCUGGUUCAAAUCUCUCUUUGUUAGGAAGGUCGACCCGAGAAAAGAUGCUCACUCUCAUCUGCUCGCCAAGAAAGAGGACAACAAUCUGUACAAAAUCCAGUUUCACAAUGUCAAGCCAGAGUGCCUUGAUGCUUACAAUGGACUUUGUGAGGACGUCUUGCCUUCGAUUCACGCCGACUCUGAAUACCCUUGUGAGCUCGUGGGAACCUGGAACACCUGGUAUGGAGAGCAGGACCAGGCAGUUCACCUGUGGAGAUAUCGGGGAGGAUACCCGGCUCUCACCGAAGUCAUGAACAAACUCAGGCAGAAUAAGGUGUUUAUGGACUACAGGAAUGAGAGAGGAAAGAUGCUGCUGUCUCGCAGGAACCAGCUGCUGCGCGAGUUCAGUUUCUGGAACGAACCCGUCCCUCGUCCAGGACCCAACAUCUAUGAACUCCGAUCAUACCAGCUCAGGCCAGGAACGAUGAUUGAGUGGGGAAACUACUGGGCUCGUGCCAUCGAGAUUCGCCAGCAGAACCAUGAGGCUGUGGGAGGCUUUUUCUCUCAGAUUGGAAACCUCUACACUGUUCACCACUUAUGGGCUUACAAAGAUCUGCAGUCCAGAGAAGACACCAGAAAUGCAGCCUGGCAGCGUGAAGGCUGGGAUGAGGUUGUUUAUUACACAGUCCCUCUUAUUCAACACAUGGAGUCUAGAAUAAUGAUUCCCAUGAAGACUUCGCCCUUGAAGUAACGGCAGACAUGGAGAGAAAGACUCAGCAGCCGCUGCAUCUAUUACACUGAUCUGUAGUGUUACAACCUUCAGAGUGUGCACUGCCAGGGAUGUCGGCCUAACAUAAAACACCUUUCUGUUUUUGUUUCCUUUCUUUGUUUCUUUUCUCCACUUUUCUGCGUGGGCUCUUUUUCAGAUAAUGAGGUCAAAAUGAUUUUCACCAAACUGCCCCUGUUACAGCAGUUAUCGUGUUACUGAUCCGUGUGUGUAGACGGUUUAUAAUUUGGCUCGUCCUCCUCUUCACUGACUGUCAUUUAAAGGGUCAGAUUUUAAAUUUCUUGUCUUAUUUUCUUUUCUCAUGAUAAAUUUAUGAAACUAGUGUUCUCAGUGUUUGAGUGCUGGUCACAAAACCAGCAAAAAAUGUCUUAAAUUAAGAAAAAAUAGUGACCAAUAUUUGUUGCACUAGACUUCAGAUUAGACAAAAGUAACUGCCUCUGUAAUUCACGACAAAAAAUGCUGCACCCAGAAGUCAGUAAGAAGUGGAUAAGGAUCUUUAAAUAUGAAAUGUUGCAGGUGAUGGUUGGUUUCACAGAGAAACGUGCGGUUUACAAAUCUGUGUUCUGUAAUUGACAGUAAAGAUAAUUUUAGAGCUUGUGAUUUGGUGCCAUAAUCAGACUCCAACUUGGAUUAGAAGUCCGUCAUGUGUCCACUCCAGAUAAUGUUUUAUGUUUACAUGGCUUUGAUCCAGUCAGCUGAUAGUACAGACUGUAAAGAAGUUCAUAACUCUGUUAUGAAGAUGCACUCAAAUGAUCACAGAGCAGAAGCUAGAAACUGAUUCAGAACACAUUUGUCUCUAUUAAACCAACCUCUGAUUCUAACAUCAUGACACUUCUGACUCUCAGCUGUGAAGAGGAGGACAAGAUGAUUAAAAUGAUUAGUUGUACUGCAAUCAGAAACAUUUUCUAAUCAGUAUUUACAUUUCAAACUGCUGUACACCGUCUGGUUUGGCCUGUCCCUGUAUCAACCAGUUACUGUCAGCCGGGUGAUUGUGUGCUCUAACUGAGAUUAAUGUGUUUUUUAAACGGUCAGAUUGUAGAUAAACGUAGCGGGUUUAUUGACCGAGCCAGAGAUGUGGUCACUCCUGUGUCUGUAAAUGCGUGGGGUCUUCUAAAACUGUCUGUCGCUUUAAUAAGUGGACAAGAGGGGAGUGACAUCUCAGUGUGGUAAUUGUAAAAUGCAGUGCUUUAAGAUUAGUUGUACAUAUUUAAUUAAACUUCUGAUGAAAACAGAAAGAAA